AAAUGAUGUGAAGGGAAAUGAAGUGCAGUGUUAUUUUUUGAAAAGGCGAGUCAGAUUUGAAGAAAUUAAUAAUUGUGCAUUAAAGUAUUUAUAAUUUUCCAGUUUGAUCGUAUUUUAAAAUUAUGUUUUCACCAUACAGUCAGACAGAUAGGCUUAGAGAUCCAAGUAGUCCUGGUAAUACUGAACCAAUGACAAUAGGCUCUCCUGUUUCUAGUCCUCAAAACAAAUCUAUCAGUAAUCAAAAUUUCUUACCUCCUUAUCUUUUUGGUGAAACCUCAUCUCCUGUGAUAUCUCCAUCUUGGAAUUCACCUAUACCAUCUAAACGACCAAGAAGUUCUUUUCAGACUCCUUCAACUAUAAUUAAUCCUAUUUCACAGUUCAAGGAACAGCAGCUGUCUUACCAGUCACCUUCUACUAGCUCUGUUAUAAAUAGUCCGAAUCCAACCAAAAGUGGUGCACCCCCUGUUGAAGGUCUGUUGUACAGUACACCAACUCUUACUACUUCAUUUGAUACUUCAAAGUUGGAGAUUUCUCAAUUUACAGACAAGCAAGUUUCUUUUAUGGGUGAUGCCUCUCAUUAUAGUGGUGUAUUGACUCCAAGUAGAUCCUUUUCUAUGAAUAAUGCUUCCUUUUUGUCUCCAGCUCAAAUCGAUCCUUUUUAUACACAGGGGGAAGCCUUAAAAAGCAGUGAACAAUUGGAUGAAUCUUGGGUUACCAUAUUUGGAUUUCCACCAGCUUCUUCCCACUACAUUCUUCAACAGUUUAACCAAUAUGGAAAUAUUAUCGAACACAAAAGUUCACCAAAUGGAAAUUGGAUGCAUGUAAAAUAUCAGUCUAAACUUCAGGCUAAAAAAGCAUUAAGCAAGAAUGGGAAAGUAUAUAGUGGAAACAUAAUGAUUGGUGUCAAAGCAUGCAUUGAAAUGGAUGUAAUGGAGUCUUUCAAGGAAAAUAGUGUAAAUGAAACAAGCUUAAUGGCAACACCAGAUGUAUCACAAAGUGAAAUAUCUGAACACAGUAAACCUAGUUUAAAAAACAUCCGACCCCUCACACAGGCCUAUCAAAGUCCUAGUUCACAGGUUCAGGCUACAGUUCCAAAAUCUGGAGGCAUAGUUUCAAAAUUGAUCAAUUUCAUUAAAUGAGAAAUGUGUUUCAAUCAAUGCAUUUAAUUUUGUAAUCAUUAGACAACAUGUAAUCUUAGAUGUGAAUUAUUUUAUUGUAAAUAAAUUAUUUAUAAAUCCUA